CGACGGUUAUCCAAACACCCCGGCGUAGGCUGCCGUUAGCAACCGAAAUAACGACGCGACACGGUAGACAACCAAGACCGUCUGAAUGCGGUGUUUAUAGAUAUCACCGCGUCCUUUAUAAAGCUCAGUGUGUGCAGGAGUGAAUGAUGAAUCUGGGUGAUGGCCUGAUGUUUGAACUUGAGAAUGGGAAGCCCAAGCUUGUAUUGGCCCAUUGUGGUGGGUCAAAAUCCAGUAAUAAAAUGGGAUUUUGUCAAGUGACUCAGAAGAACAGACUACAGAAAACUGCACCAACUCCCAAACCAGGACCUAAAGAAGAGGAAAGAUGGCAAAGAGACAGGAAGUGCAGAGGUACCGAAGGUGUGAAUCACGCUGAAAACGGCAGCAAAAAGACCAAAACCAAGAGCAGAAUGGAUCGCUGCAGCGUCAUUGGGGUGGACAGGGUGCAGUCGGACAGCAAAACCAAGUCUACCAACGAGACGUCCAAUGUCAUCAAGAAGACUAUAAAGGAGAGCUUAGUGUGUUUAACUCAGGAACAACUUCAGCAGCUUCUGGACAGCAUCAAGUCAUCAGAGCAAAAAGUCCAAGAUCAUACUUCAGCUCACAUCCAGAAUGGAGCAGCUACAAAAGAGGAAGAAAUUGAAACAGUGACUAGUGAACAUGGCAGGGACCAACAACUAAACUCGCAAGAAAAAGAUGAGGAAACAACCCUGAGUGAAUCCAGCCCAGCAGGUCUGUUCAGCACUUUGGGAGAAGGAGAGCAGAACAGAGACAGGCUCAAGGCUAAAAAAGCACAAUGGAGAAGAGAGCUAGAUGAGCAGAUGGUACUGAAAAAGCAACAGAAAGAGCACACAGAUGUUCUGGCUCAUUCUGAGCAACGAAGAGGUACACAGGCUAGAGCAACAUCAAGUGACCAGCCAUCAGGGGUUGAAGAGGACAGAUUAAAACAAAAUGGCACAGAAAUCACAUAUAACCAGCCUUCAGCUUCUCAGACACACAGCAACACAAAGGCUCUUCCUGCUGCCAUUCGCUCUGCCUUUGUGCUGGGGGAAGCUGCACCACUGGAGCAGGCGUUCAGUGAUGAGAAGAAAGAGCAGCAGAGACGCUGGCUGCAGGACUUGGAGCAGCAGAGAGAGGAAACCAGGCUGCGCAGGAAGUUGGAGAAACAGACCCAGAACCAGGCAGAGGAUCAUGAGCGCUGGGCCAUGCACUUUGACUCAUUUCAGCGGCGUCUCCCGGCACAGCCUCCUCCCACUGGAGAGCUCGAUAUAGGCAGCUCCCUCUCCCAUCACCAUGCCCCCUCUCAGGCUCUGUCCACUGCCUGGGAGGCCAUGAGCACAUGUGGAGGGGACAGUAUGGGUAGAGCCAGUGUGGACAACACUCAGGGCUUUCAGCCAAAGACCAGCUACCUGCGUACCAUGACGGCACUUUUAGAUCCGGCCCAGAUUGAAGAGAGAGAGAGGAAACGUCUGAAACAGCUCGAACAUCAGCGAGAUAUCGAGGCUCAGGUAGAGGAGCGAAGGCGACAAAAAGAAAAAGAAGAAGCGGCUCUAAAGGCCAUGGAGCAGGAGGAAGAACGCAGAGUCGCUAGAGAGAGCGAACGUCUGCAGCAGCAGUACCAGAGAGACACUCAGCUUCAGAGACAGAAAGAGGAGUUACAGUCCCGCAAAACACAGGAUCUGUAUCAGAGUAUGCAGAGGGCAUCAGAGGAAGCACAGAAGGACAAACACCUACAGAGGAUUAAAAACCUGGUGAAGAAAGGCCAUGAUGUUUCUAAUCUGUUGCAGAGAGAGACUACCUCACAGGCACUCAUUGGGCAAGGGACAGAGAGUUUGACUACACUGGACACGAUAACAGAGGCUGCACAGAAAGCCUGGAAAGACACUGCGGUUCAGACAGACAUAAAUCCAGCUCUCUCUCCUGAGACCAGCAGAGGAUUUCAAGCUGCAGUCGAAUACAAAGCUCCUCCUAACAUUAAAAGAUCCAAACGUGAAGGCAGACUAGACGAAAAGAACGGUGGAAAAGAGAACAUGUGCAUACCCAUCAAAGGACCAGAUCCUUACGAAGCCUACGCCCGAACAGACAGAACCCAUGAACAGCAGCAGCCCCUCAGGAGACCAGAGUGGAACACGCACAGGCCCGGGAAGGCGUUUGUUCCUGCGUCAGAGCGUUACCCUCCUGCCCUACAGAGGAACAGGCAGGAGAACAGGAUGCGCAGGCAGAUGGAGCUCAUGACCCUGGUGGAGAGAAACACGAUUUCUAGAACGGCACAGCAUGCAGUCCCUCCACAAUCUGAAAAUCCAUCUCAUCUUCAACGCCACUUGUACUUAGCUCAGCAGAAAGAUGAGGAUUCGCAUAGAGUACCGUCUGCCAGUCAAAGCAGAGUUCCCUCACCACCCGUCCCUGCAGUGAAGCACAGGCUCGGGCUUCAUCCUCCUUCCCAAGCAGAAGAACAGGCAGGAAGCCACGGAUGGCCUUCAUCACCUGAUUACGUACCAUAUGUGCGCACAAAUGAGGUUUACCACCUCGAUCCUCUUGCCCCGAUCUCCAGACCCACCACACACGAAGGACAACGGCACAUACGUGCAGACAUGAACAGCAGCAGACAGCACACCCCCGCGGUACAGCGGGAUCCCCUCCUACACCCCGAGCUGCUCAAGAGCACAGAGAGACAGCAGGCUAUUCUCAAGGGCUUGUCCGACCUCAGACAGGGUCUGCUUCUAAAACGGAGAGAGCUAGAAACCAGUCUAAGCCCUUUACUUCAGGAGUAAAGCAGAACUGAAUUACCAGCUUUCCAGCCACAAUAAGGAGAACCACAAAAGCACUGACAGCAGGAUACACUCCAGCACUUUACUGUCCACAGUGAACACAUACUGUAGCAGGGAGCAUUUAAUUUCAACAGCAGUCAGACUCCUACCACAAGCCACACACGCACUGUUCAUUGACUCUGAUUUGUUUUUAAGAAAAAAAUGUUUCUGGAGGCCCUAAAGGUAUGGUAUUCCCCUUUCCCUCCAUGUUGAUGUACUGAAUAUAGCAAUUAUGAUUGUAGUUGAAGUAUUAUUUAUUGGGUUGCUCUUUACGAUUGUGUUUACUUGAACUGCAUUUACAACCUGACAGUGUGAAUUUCUCAUCAUGUUCAACCAGGUACUUUAAGGUUUUAAAUGUGAAUUAAAGUAUUUUUGACUUUGGUAAAGUUCAGGUAUUGCUUUGAGCAAAGCACAAAAAAAAAGCAUAUUAUAUAUAAAAUAUGCAUAUGUCUUUAGAAGGGGCAGGGGCAAUUUCUAAACUUUGUAAGAGAUUUAAUUUCCUGACCCUGCAGUUUAACCAUCUCCAGAGGUUUACUUAACAUAAACUGGCUGGCUCUACAAUAGUAGUAGUUUAAGAAGCUACUAUACUGUAUAUACCCAAAACAAGUCCAAACCAGUUCCAGCUUUGUAUUACAAUCACUGAUUUACUGUUCUCAAAUUUUAGUUAUUUGUCAGGCAUUUUAAGCAUUUAAUGAGACAAUUCCAAGUAAAACUUGUAAAGUGGGAAAUGCAAAUGAUGGGAGUCAGUCACUUACGCAUUCAACACUAGAGGAACUUAAA